AUGAGUUCUCAAACUCCUAGGACAUCCUUACGACAGGGACUGCGGCAAGCUCCUAAAGUUAACCAGCCCUUCAUUCCCGACACAGCACCAGUACGCCGCUCACACAUGCAUGGAAAUCAAUCCCCGCAGCCAACAGUCAGCAGCCAGACACAUUCAAUGUCUCCUGCAAAUCCGGGGAGUCCCCACAUUUCGUCCGAAAACUGGGAGAAUAAGGAACAUCGAGUUCCCAUGUCUACGCGCGAUGUUUGGACGCCCGGAAACCGACCGAGCCUCUUCAGCAGUAUCUUCGACAGGGGCAAGACAGUCAAAACGGCAGACUUCUAUGAUCCUUACUUUCCCUUGAAGUUUAUUGACGUUCCCAAAUCGGAUCAUAUCUAUAAACGCGCCCAUUAUGGGUUACAGUCAGGAAUUCCAGAUGAGGUAGACUUUGCGCUAUAUCACCUUGUCCAAAUAUCAAAUCAGCGAGGAGACAAAUUCAAGUUUGAGGGUUUUCCUUUGCUCGCGGACAACCUUAUGGAAAAGGCCAUGGAGAUCACAGAGCUAUGCACUGGUGUCAAAUGGGAGCUCCAGUACGAUUUCAGGCAAGCCACAGAUCGUGUCAAUACUCUCAAUGCGCUACAUGGUACCCGAGAUAUAUUGGACAAGAUCAAGCAGAUCCCGGUUAUUUUACCUGAUGAUACGCUGGAGACGUACGAAUUCAACCAUCGCCUCCGAAACAUCAAGGAAGCCACUUUGAUUAUCAGAAACAUGGUCCUUCUACCGGACAAUGCAUUCUACAUCGCAAGCUGCGCCAGUGGGUUGUUAAGAGACUUCUUGGUAAUCAUGCUCAACAUUCCGGAUCAACCGCGGCUGAAUGAACUCAAAAACGACGCUCUUGAUAUCGCAGAGGAAGUAACGAGGCUGAUGAGGACUGACCCUGAGGAUCCGCUGUGGAUCUCGCUUCUGAACUGCCUUUACUCUCCGGAUCGUGCUCAUGUAGUUCGUGCCCUCUGGGCUCUCACGCAUUUCUCAACCGAGCUAGACGAGCCGGAGGCUAACCGGGCAAUGGAAAGCAUAUCGAAAGAGACGUUGCAGCAGCUAUACCUUCUCACAUUAAUCGACCUGGACAAAGACAUCUUGAGUGGUGCACUCGACUUCUGGUAUCAGUACACACUUUUCCGCGAGAAUAUUGAGACCAUGAUGGAUGUGUUUAACUUCUCAACUGUUUUCAUUCCCCGCAUGCUUGCACUUUUAACAUACGAGGGUCGACCAAGCAAGAGAGAAACUGUCUUGCAGGAGGAGAAGGUAGCGCCGGCUCCAACCGAAAUCCCACGGGUGCCUCCAGAGCUACUGAAAGACCUGAUGGAUAUUUCUGAGCCGGAACGUAGCUCUCGCUGGCUUCGUUGCUGCUUCGUCGAGGAUGCCGAGUGUGAAAUUACACAGAUUGCGCUCUGGCAAGCAUAUCAGAGUCGGUUUGCCGAUCCUCGAGUUCCUGGCGGCGGUGUUCUCCCUGCUGCGGAGUUUAUCAAGAACGUCAGCACGACGUUUACGAAUGCGCAGGCGCAGGUAAUCAACGGACCUGGUUCAUCAACGAGGUUCAUCAUCAAGGGCAUUCGGCCCCUGGAAACCGCAUACACGUUCCAGGGAUUUCCUUACAUCUAUUGCAAAUGGCAAGAUAACACAAAACCCACAAAGACGUGCCAGCGCGCUUUCGCCUUGCCGGCGGACCUUCGCAACCACGUGUUUUCAGACCACAUGGGCCUGAGACAAGCCGAAACACCUGGCCAAUACAAUCUGGAGAAUGCCGAAACGCCUGUCCACACUUGUCAGUGGGAUAACUGCACCAAGUUCCGCUCCUCUGGACCCAGCGCAAAUACCGCCAUGGUUGCCGGCCAUGUUUCAUCCCACCUUCCAGAAGACCGACCCGCCGAUGCGGAAGCGCCCAGCUCAAAACGUCCGGUACUCCAGGAACGUAUUGUGCGGAAGUGGUUUUACUUGGACACCCCUGUCACUGAACGAGGAGAGCCCGUCGGCGUUGCAUACAAGGCUGCACUUGUCCUUCGCAACCUUGCUCGCAAUCUACCCAACGGCAUUGCGCCGGGUUUCAACGGUCUCUCUUGGAAGAAGGCCUACUUCUUGAGCCACCGGCCGAAAAUCAUCGAAAUAUGGGACCGAAAUAGGUCGCUGCGCAAGGAAUUGACCGAAUUGAUCAUGAUAUUAGAGAGAGAGGAAUACUACUGA